AUGCGACGGGAAAAGAGGCUAAGGCAUAGGAUUUCAAAAAGAAUCAAUGGAUAUCAGUUGGGGUUGCAAAGGUGUGGAAAGAGUUGUAGAUUGAGAUGGAUAAAUUACUUGAGGCCAGAUUUGAGAAGGGGUUCUUUUACUGAACAAGAAGAAAGAACCAUUAUUGAUGUUCAUAGAAUCUUGGGAAAUAGAUGGGCACAAAUAGCCAAACAUUUGCCUGGUAGAACUGAUAAUGAAGUCAAGAAUUUCUGGAAUUCUUGCAUUAAAAAGAAGCUUAUUGCUCAAGGGUUAGAUCCAAAUACUCACAAUCUCCUUAUUAAGAACAAAACCAACAAUUCAACCAAAGCCAAAACUCAUCAUCAUCAAGAUUCCACUUCAGUUUUCACCAUUGAUACUUCAACAAAUAAAGAAGUAAUUUCAAUGGACAUAAAAGCAACUCUUGCAUCCUUCUCUCCUUUCCCUAGUAGUAAUAAUAAUACUACUUCUACUACAUACAAUUACUCUCCUAUUCUUCCCAACAUUGAAUACCAAAACCCUACUUUCACAUGGAGUGAUCAGAGAAAUCAGACUGUAACAACUACGUCUCAGUCCCAAACAAGUGACAGAAAUCACGUCAUUACUCAAAAUUCCAUGUUGGAUUUCGCGAGUUGUUCUUUAAUGGAAAGCUCUACGAAUAUACGACAAGGAGAAACCGAGUAUAUAAAUGAGAAUAACAUGUGGCAUGGAACUGGAAUUGAACCAACAACCUUAAAUCCUGCCAAUGGAACUGAAGAAUUAAUGCAAGUACAACAAGGAGAACAAUUUCCAAUUAAGACAAAUUUUUGUGAUCAAGAGGAUGUUUACAAGGUUAAUCAUGAUCAAACGGUGGAGAAUACGUUUGAUAUCUCUAACUUUGAUUUUGACUUUGUUGAUUCUACAUUGGUGCCUUGUGGAUUGUAUACUAGUGUUAAUUCUAUGGAUCAAAUUUCAUGGGAUUGUUAGUUAACUUCUAAAGAAUUUUUAGUUGCAAUUU